AUAUAUUCAAAGGGUUUUGUGAUAUUCAAUGUCCAAAUAUUUUUUUAUUAAUUGUUUUUGCAACAUGACUUAAUCAAACGCUAGAAAUGUGCUAGAAAUUGGGUCAACAUACUUUGGUAAUUUUGGUCUCAUCUCGGCGGAAUUUUCCAUUCACACCCCAUCAUGUUCUAUACCAAAAUUUUCAGCAUUAUCUCCCCUACACCGUAAACCCGAGUGCGCAUGAAUACAUCCAUUUCUAUAGCGACAGUAUUCUUUGCGCAUCUGCUACAUGUCUGCUCACUGAGUUCCUUGUGUUUACUUCAAGCUUCAGCCUAAAUGAAGACCAUUGUCGGGCGUUUUUUUGUCUAUUGAACAUUGGAAAUCGAUUUUGCAAUAAAUCAUUCAGUGUUAUUGCUCGUGUGAUGUGUUUUUAAAGGUAAAUUAGACUGAAACACAACACAACUUCGUUUCGGACAAAGACUUCCGGUUUUGUUGUUGUGAGAGAAACGCCCCCUUUUCCGAUCUCAGCUGGCCUAGUAUCUCGACUUUCCUUCAAUUACUAUUCAAAGUGAGGAGCAACAAACAGUAUUAUAGUGUCAAUUUGUGAUUGAAAAUUAAUUCUGCAUUCAAAUUCGUAGUGUUAGUGUAAGAGGUGUCUUUCAGUGUGAAUUGUACUGAAACAUAGAUCGAACGGACUACUGUGUUUUGGAAAAAGACUUCCGGGUUUGUGAUAGUGAUGGAGACGACAACUGAUUCCAGUGAGGUGGCUGAACUUCUAAAUUACGCAAAUCAAGUUGGUCUCCGAGGACUUGUCUAUGAAAACGCUCUUCGAGAAGUCAUCAGUGAUUAUUUCGUUAGUUAAGGCUUGACAGACGAUGAGUUGUGGACUCAUCAGAAGAUGAAGCUUUGUCGUCUGCUGACCAAGAGCCAAUGCCCACAUCAGCAAGUGCAAGUGUUCCUGCUGUAUGUGGGAUUCACGCACAAGCUGGGCCUUCUGAUGGUGGUGAAGAAGAUGAACCAUAUACUAGCGUCAUUGAAGAUCUCACCCCAGUGAUUCAAGAAUUUAGGCCUACCGCACCCGAGCAUCAAGAGGCAGGUGAGUGGCAGCCAUGUACCUGUAAACGGUUCAACGGUCAGCCAUGCUUCUCACGCUACACCAAAGAGGAGAUUGAGUCUUGCCGCUUGAGCUUCAUGAGCCUGACCAAAGAGGAGUUGGAUGUGGCCAUCAUGGCCAAGAUACAAGUCUGUAUCCACCUGGGCUCAGAAACACAACGCACAAAGAAGGCACAGACACCUCGCCAGCAACAACAGGUGACAGCAAUGACUAAGCCCAAAGGACCAGCAGGCAAAUAUAGCCAGUCCAGCGUUGAGAAGGCAUUAGAUGCCAUACAGUCUAAAUCUCUGUCUAUUAGACAGGCCGCCCAGACUUACGGAGUACCUAGGUCCACUCUAAUGGACAAACUCUCUGGGAAGUACCCAGUCAAGAGAGUGGCUCACACGGUCUUGACAGAGGAGGAGGAGACCAAGCUGGUCAAGUGGGUUGUGGCCUGUGCCCGCCUUGGUGACGGUAAAGAUCGGGAACAGUUAUGCCGAGCAGUUCAAGGAAUCCUCAACUCAGAGGGAAGACAGACAAAGUUCACCAACAAUAAACCUGGAUUCUGUUGGUACAAAGCUUUCAUGGAGAAGCAUGAGGACAUCAUCAGGGAGAGGAAAGCCAUGGUCCUUGGCGAGCAACGAGCCCAGGUAAGCAA